UGUCUCAAUUUUAGCACUGAAAGUCCCACAUUCUGGGUAGCUCCUCAGUCCCAGAAACCUCAUUCUGGUCACUGCCCCAAGCCUUUGACAGAUCUGGUGCUGGAUCCCCCUUCCUAGAGCUCUCCUUACCAUCUGCCCCUCCGGGAUGGGCCAAGGGGCCCUCAGCAGAGCCAAGAUGGAGUCUCUGCUCUUACCCCAGAGGUGCUGCGUCUACUCAAAACUGAUCAAAACCGCUGUGUUUAUGGACUGUGGGACAGGCCCUGGGACCCAGAGCUUUCUGGUCCUUGGCUCUCAGUCCUCCAAUGACUCAGGAAACGCCUUCCUGACCCAGCCAGGUUUCUGGGCCCCGCCUGUAUGCAGGGAGCAUGACAGAGCAUCAUCCUUAUGGAGUCCAUGGGAAGCAUAAGAAAGCAACAAAUAAGUAAACUGUCUGAUGUGCUAGAAGGGUGCUGUGUGGAAUUGCUGCUGCUGCUGCUGGCCGUGGAGCUGCCCCUGGGCAGCGGCUGCCCCAGGGACUGUGUGUGCUACCCAGCUCCCAUGACAGUCAGCUGCCAGGCCCACAACUUUGCCGCCAUCCCUGAGGGCAUCCCUGAGGACAGUGAGCGCGUCUUCCUGCAGAAUAACCGCAUCACCCUCCUCCAGCAGGGCCACUUCAGCCCUGCCAUGGUGACCCUGUGGAUCUACUCCAACAACAUCACCUUCAUUGAUCCCAACACCUUCGAGGGCUUUGUGCACCUGGAGGAGCUGGACCUGGGCGACAAUCGACAAUUGCGGACUCUGGCGCCCGAAACCUUCCAGGGCCUGGUAAAGCUCCAUGCCCUCUACCUCUAUAAAUGUGGGCUCAGUGCGCUGCCAGCAGGUAUCUUUAAUGGCUUGCAUAGCCUGCAGUAUCUGUACCUGCAGGACAACCACAUUGAGUAUCUGCAGGACGACAUCUUUGUGGACCUGGUCAAUCUCAGCCACCUGUUUCUUCACGGCAACAAGCUGUGGAGUCUGGGCCAGGGGACCUUUCGGGGCCUGGUGAACCUGGACCGACUGCUCCUACAUGAAAACCAGCUGCAGUGGGUCCACCACAAGGCUUUCCAUGACCUGCGCAGGCUGACCACCCUCUUUCUCUUCAACAAUAGUCUCUCGGAGCUGCAGGGCGACUGCCUGGCCCCCCUGACAGCCUUGGAGUUCCUCCGCCUGAAUGGGAAUGCCUGGGAUUGUGGCUGCCAGGCGCGCUCCCUGUGGGAAUGGCUGCGGAGGUUCCGAGGCUCCAGCUCGGCUGUUCCCUGCGCAUCCCCUGAGCUGCGGCAAGGCCAGGACCUGAAGAUGCUGAGGGCUGAGGACUUCCGGAACUGCACAGGCCCAGCGUCCCCACACCAGAUCAAGUCGCAUACCCUCACCACCACUGACAGGGCUGCCCGUAAAGAGCAUCACCCGGCCCAUGGCCCGGCCAGGGACAGGGGCCACCCGCACAGCCAUCAGCCUGGCUCCAGGUCAGGUUACAAGAAGCCAGGCAAGAAUUGUACCAGCCACAGGAACCGCAACCAGAUCUCUAAGGCAGGCACCGGGAAACAGCCCCAUGAGCUGCAGGACUAUGCUCCCGAUUACCAGCACAAGUUCAGCUUUGACAUCAUGCCCACAGCUCGGCCCAAGAGGAAGGGCAAGUGUGCUCGCAGGACCCCCAUCCGCACCCCCAGCGGGGUGCAACAGGCAUCCUCAGGCUGUUCUCUGGGGGCCUCGCUCCUGGCCUGGAUACUGGGGCUGGCGGUCACUCUCCGCUGAGGACCCAGGGCACCAGCACCCAGCACUGCCACAUGUCCAUCAAGGAACAGAAUUUCUUUUCUUCUUUUUUUUACAAGUGGAAGAGCUGCUGGGUUUCAGGAAAAGGCUGAUAGAGCCUUCAGCUGCUGUCUGGACCCUACCUGGUGGAUUAUAAACCCAAAGUGUAUAGCCCUAGACGGGAGGGGAUUAGCAAGCACAUCUCACUCAGCUGUCCCAGCCAGCCCCCGCCAAGCACCUACAGACAGCGUCCACUCCAGCAAGGCGGUAAAAGUUAUGCACAGUGAGUCCUUCCUUAGCAGCAAUGGGACAAGUGCCCCUCCAGUGGGCUCGGCUCUGUGGAAUCCUGAUCAUUUGGAGAGGCCUGAAGGGCCCCACCAUUCCUGGAGGAAGCAGAACUCAGAACAAACAAGGCUGAGAUGGCUGGGUUGACCAGCAGUCAGAGCAGUUGAGCAGGUGGCAUUUUGGCCUGUGCCUGAGGCCAUGUAGUGAACCUGCCCUGAAUCCAACCCUAUGUCACCUUCAGUCUCUCCCUUAAGGGUAACGCCUCUUGUUCCUGUUGUCUCAGGCAACCCUGGCAGAUCCAGGUCCAACUGCUGGGGUCUAAGAACCAAUCACCAAAGGAAAGAUCAUCAGAGGCUGAAGUUUAGAACUUCAUCACAUGCAAUGAAAUUCUCACAGAAGGUGCAGUUUUAUACCUACAUCCACUUAUAUAUAUAUACACACACACACACUACACAUAUAAAUAUAUAUAUAUAUAUAUACAAAUGCACAGGUUCCCCGCCCCCUUCUGUUACCAAACUGUAUGUCUUAUCAUGUUUAUAAACUAUAUGGAAAACUAUGUCUGCUGAACUAAGGAUUGUAUUGGUGAUUUCUAGCAAGAAGAAAAGUUAUAGAAUUUUUGUCUAGAAUCCCAACCUGGCAACAAUAGUCCCUAGGUAACACAGGCUUGCCAGGACCUGGGGCAAGAGGUCAGGGGGACAGUUUAGAGAGAAAGAGAGGCAGUGAGAUUCACUUCAGGGGACCAAUAUCCUUAGAUAUUUAGAACAUCACCUUGUUUUUAUAUGCAACACAAGCCUGCCUGGCACCCUGGAGCACCCCGUUAUCCCUAAUGUAGAAGCUGUGGGUGUCUGGGUGAAAAGUGGGAAGCAGCCUGUUGGACAUCAGGGAGCCAGGAACCAGGAGCCAUCAAGAUGGAAAAAGGAAAGAAGGGGCCCUGGGGUUUUUAAGCCAGCAGGCCCAGCAGCAUCCACAGUGUUAGUCCAAGUGGCUGGACAGUGUCAUCAGCCUAGCGCUUGGCCAGCGACAAUCUGGUCAGGCCAGGGAGACUCUGAGGAGGAGCCCAGGCUUCCAGCAUGGCUCUACUGCUGCAUUUUAACCUGAGGUUUUUUGGUGAGUGAACCAGCAAGGGCCCUGUGCAGCUUGGCAUGAGGGAAGCAUCAGGUGGCCGUAGCAGAAGGGGAACGAUAAGGGCAUUUCAUGAGCCGUCUCAGGCACUCCGCAUUGCAGAGGCCUUGUCCCUCCUGACCCUUCUGGGAUGUCCAUGCAUGGGCAGAGGUCAGUGGGCCGGACUCAGGGGUCAGGAGCAGGGAUGAGAGACACACAAGUAAUGAAGCGGGGAAGCCCAGAUGGGAGAGGGGCUGCUGGCCAGGGGCCUGGGCUUGCAGUCUCUUGCGCUUUGCACAAACCUGAAUUCCCCACCAGAGAGGGUGAGUGUGAGGAGUGAGAAACACUGAAUCCAAUUAAGAGAGAAAAAUAAUAAAAAAAAAAUUCUCUUGGACAAGAA